GGAGAGGGCAGGCUCUCACUCAGAGGAGCAGCGUUUGUGGAGCUGAAGUGUCCAGAGCUGAUCACUGCAGCCAUGGCCAGAGGACCCCUGUGAGACUGGACACACACUGACACGAGAGCGCCACACACUCUCUCCUCUGGUGCUCGGGUGGAGCCUGCUUGGUCAGCACCAUGGCCAGCAGGCCCAGGGGAACGGGCCGUGUCCUGCGCUGGCUGGGCUUCCUGUUGCUCCACAUGGUCUGCACCGCACAGGACGAGGACAUGAGACUCAGUUGCAGAACUGCUGCCAGUGAUCUGGUCUUCAUCCUGGACGGCUCAUGGAGUGUAGCUGACGUUAACUUUGAGCUUGUGAAGCGUUGGCUGGUGAACAUCACCACCAGCUUCAACAUUGGACAGAAGUUCACCCAGGUGGGGGUGGUCCAGUACAGCGAUGACCCCAUCCUCCACAUCCCUCUGGGGAAGCAUUUCUCCAGCAAGGACCUCAUCAAGGCUAUGGAGUCCAUUGAGUACAUGGGAGGCAACACCAGAACCGGAACAGCCAUCAAGUUCGCCACAGACAAACUGUUCGGUCUGGCGGAGCGAGGGCCGAAGGGCCUGGCCCGGAUCUCUGUGGUGCUCACCGACGGCAAGUCUCAGGAUGAGGUUUUGGCGGCGGCGGAGGACGCCAGGAAGAAGGGAAUUAUCCUGUUUGCGAUCGGCGUGGGCUCGGAGACGGAGGCGGCCGAGUUGAAGGCGAUCGCCAACAAGCCGUCCUCCACCUACGUGUUCUCCGUGGAGGAUUACAAGGCCAUCUCCAAGAUAGGCGAGGUCAUACGACAGAAGCUGUGUGAAGAGACUGUGUGUCCGUCCAGAAUCUCGGUGAAUUCUCGUGACGAGAAAGGCUUUGACCUCCUGCUGCACCUGAGCCUUUCCCAGAAGGCCAAGAAGACGCAGGGCUCCUACUACGGCAGCCGAGCCUACCAGGUGACGCCUCGCGUGGACCUGAGUGAGAACACCAGGUCCUUGUUCCCAGACGGCCUGCCCCCCUCCUACGUGUUUGUGUCCACGCUGAAGUACCGGGGCUCGGUCACCAUGGAGGAGUGGGACCUGUGGAGGAUUCAGACCCUGGACGAGAAGCCCCAGAUGGCCGUGACGCUCAGCGGCGUCCGGCGCACCAUCAUGUUCACCACCACCAGCCGCCACCCCAGCGGCAUCCAGACCGUGGUGUUCCAGAAGCAGCCGGCCAAGAAGCUGUUUGACGAGUCGUGGCAUCAGCUUCGCCUCCUGGUGACGGAGCAGGAAGUGACUCUGUACGUGGACGACCUGGAGAUCGAGACCUUGCCCCUGGAGCCCCCGGUCGGGAUCUUCAUCAACGGCAGAACUCAAGUUGGAAAGUACGUCAGCAAGGAGACCACGGUGCCGUUUGAGAUUCAAAAAAUGAGGAUCUACUGUGACCCGGAGCAGAACGACCGCGAGACCGCCUGUGAGAUCCCCGGAGUGUGCUCCAAUAUCCCGAUGGACAUGGACCCCACCCCGGAGCCCUGUCUGUGUCCCCCUGGACCUCCUGGCCUCCAGGGCACCCAGGGGGAGCCGGGGAAGCCGGGGAUCCCCGGGCAGGCUGGUCCCGCUGGUGCAGACGGUAAGCCUGGCGCCCCUGGCAACAGAGGAGCUCCGGGUGCACAAGGCUCUCCAGGAGCUGAGGGAGCCAGGGGAGUGGCGGGAUACAAGGGAGAGCAAGGAAGUCUGGGUGAUUCGGGUGAGAGGGGUGUUCCUGGGUUGCCUGGACCAAUGGGCCAAGCAGGUGAAAAGGGUGCCUCAGGCCUACCUGGAGGGGCGGGGCUUCCAGGAAAGGAUGGCCAGGCGGGGGAGAAAGGUAACCAAGGCCUGCCUGGGACACCUGGGUAUGCAGGAGAACCAGGUUUACCUGGAAGAGAUGGGAAGAAUGGGCUCCCGGGGAGGACCGGGCAGAAGGGUGACGCAGGGGUCAUGGGCACCCCUGGUCAGGACGGAAGAGAAGGGCAUCCGGGUAUGCCUGGUCAACCUGGAGCAGCAGGUGCUACGGGAUAUAAGGGAGAAGCUGGUUUACCAGGAAUAAGGGGCUCUAAAGGGUCAGUUGGAAUGCCUGGUGAUCUUGGGUUUCCUGGGGUUCCUGGACCUUCUGGACAAACUGGACCGAAAGGUAACCACGGUGACAGUGGACAGCCAGGAACCCCAGGACCCCCUGGACCAGAGGGCAAGCCAGGAGAGCCAGCGACGCCAGGCCAGCCGGGGCACCCUGGCAUGCCCGGCCUACAGGGACACAAGGGGCAGAGGGGAGACCCUGGUGGGAGUGGGGGAGAGGGGAUGAAAGGGGAGAGAGGAGAACAUGGCAGAACUGGGACACCAGGAUCCUCUGGCCCAUCUGGACAAAAAGGAGAGAAAGGGACUUCGGGAGAAACGGGGGAGCGUGGUCCAGGGGGCCACCAGGGCCAGCCAGGGGUGCCGGGCCAGACAGGUCCCUCCGGGCCCCGGGGACACGCCGGGGACGCGGGGCUCCCGGGGGUCCCUGGACAAGAGGGACGACCAGGGAGGGAGAUGUCAGAGACGCACAUUCAGCAGAUCUGCAGAGAGCUGCUCCGAGCGGAGAUCCCCAGCCUGGUGCUUAGCAACAUGAACCAGCAGAGGAGCUGUGAGGAGUGCCACAGCAGGGUGGGAGCCCCGGGCCCCACCGGCCCCUUGGGGCCCCAGGGCUCCCGGGGGUUCCCUGGCCUGCCUGGCUCCAGCGGCCAGCCUGGGCGCCCCGGCCUGCCUGGCCGGCCUGGGUUAAGGGGCCUGAAAGGAGACCCUGGUGUUAAGGGGGACAGAGGGAACCCAGGAAGAACAGAGUUGGGAGACCAGGGGCUUCCAGGGCCUUCAGGGCCAAUGGGCCCCCAGGGAUACAGCAAGCCAGGCCACCCGGGGAGGCCUGGCCCCCCGGGCCUGGACGGGGCAGAGGGGAAGAGAGGGCCCCCCGGGGCCGCUGGGCAGCCGGGCGCCUGCCACCCCUCCACCUGUUACAGAGCCAUGAUGGUGAGGCACCGAGACCCCUUCAGGAAAGGACCAAACUAUUGAAAGCAAGAUGGCGGGCAGGUACACACGUGCAGUGCGGUCCAAGUCCCCGAUCUGGCCUCUUCAUGCUUGGCGAUGCCCAAACGGCAAAAUCUUUCCAAUCUCAGGAAGAUCUCACUCCUCUCAGUGUGUUCCUCAGUCCUGGAGACAGACAGUACCUCUCGACGUGUACAUACAGUAGCAAGUAUAUUACCAUGUGUGUCACAUGAUCUCUCUCUCUCUCUCUAUGAAUAAGUCAUCUUCGCCCCCCCCCCCCCCAUCCUCACAUUGUAAUAUCCUCAUCUCACAGUGUUUUUCGUGUGAGCUAAGUUAUGCUUUAAAACAACGUUGUUAAACAUUUCUUCCUUCUAGGGCCAAACAGUGAUCAGAGAUGUGAGCUGUUCAGAUCGAGUCUCAAGCAGAUUCGGCAGUAGUUAUUAAGAGAGACAGAAUUACUGUAUGAGCAGGGCUGCCUAUGCGCUGGCCUGGCCUCUACUGCCCUCUGGUGGAGCUUCUGAACAUCGCGUUCUACACUUCCAACUCAUCUCUUUACAGUUGUCCAUUUUCACUUAUUUAUGCAACUUUGCAUUGCUUUAAAAAACUAGAUCUGCUAUUCAACAAAAGAUGUUAGCCCUUAACAAUGUCUGUGGAAUUAUCUUAAAACUUUCAGGGCUAAACUGUGAGCUUGUUGUCUUUGCCAUAGAGCUGAAGCAGCGAGCUGGCUGUGUUCAUCGAUGAAUCGAGUCCACACCUCUCUUCCCCCCUCUGGAAAUCAUUUGAUUAGUGCAUACAAUAUGCCAGUAACAUGCCUUCAGCUCAUGAUAAUUAGCUAAGUAUUUUUGCUGUUAUUUAUAAAAUUGAACAAUUACUGUGUACCAAAGGGCUUCAUCAGAGUCAACUAGUUCUUUUUUUUUACAGUGUCUAAUUUUAUUUGUUAUUUUUGUGCUAAGGUGACUUUUGUAAUGAAUUUUGUUAUCAUUAAACCCUUUUUUACAAUU